GGCGGAUGACAUAUUGAUCACCAAGAAUGUUAAUCAGGCUAAAAGUGGAACUGAUUGGGAUGUUCAGGUUCUGGCACUGCGUUAUCCACUGGUCAAUUAGCAGCUGUCUAUAGUGGGAAGUAAAUGCGCCAUAAUAUGCCACACAAGCAGCUGCAAUGAAGACAUUUCCCACAACAUUGAUGAUCUCUUGCUCAAACAGGGCUACACUUUCUUCCCAGCAUACUUGUUCGUCACCAAGAGCGGACGUUAGCUUCCCUGCCCUGAUCAGACGGGCCUUUGUCAGAGCCAUCGUAUUAACCAAAUAUUCUUUCUCAUUCAUGCUGCUAUCAAACUGCUCCUGCAGGACCUUGAUCUGGUUCUCCACCUCCAAAAGAAAGCGUUCCUUUGUCCAAAGUGUACUGAGCAGAACUUGCAGGACUGUAGUCAUUGCUUUGUAUGCUGCGAGUCAGGACACCGAGCAGUGGGAUCUUUAAAGCGGACCAAAACUCAGGGAAACUGGGAUCGGUCUCUGUCAAGGGACAGCCAGAGGCCGGCGCAGAGUCACAGUCCCAGCCAGUAAGGUCCUCCUCUGCACAGCUCACCACUGAGUGUGCAAGGCGUUGCAGUAAGCUAAAAAGAAAGCAGCCAAAGCGAGACCAGAGAAAGCAACAGGUAACCUCUUGCCAAAGUUUAACACCAAACAGCUGUAAAGUCCACCUAGUUGGAAAGAAAAGCCUUCUCAAGUGUUUGAUUGGUGGCUAUCCAGUGACAGUGUUAUUUGAUUCUGGCUCACAAGUGAGUUUAGUGGACAGACAUUGGGUUCAGCGGUUUUUUCCCAACUAUCAGGUGCGACCCCUCCAAGAGCUGUUAAAUGAUGGACUUGAAGUUUAUGCGGUUAACGGACAAGCAGUUCCUUAUGAUGGGUGGGUCGAACUUACAGUCACUCUCGCUGGUCACGAAGAUCCCAAUCUUACUGUGCAAGCCCCUUUCCUUGUCAGUAAGCUGUCACUCCCUUAGCCCCUCCUGGGAGCAAACGUGCUUGGCGCCAUUAUCCAAGCACAAGAGUCAGACCGAGAGGCCAGUGCUUUAUUGUAUAGUCUCCUACGCAAAGCUUUUGGUACAGACGAAGAGCAAGUGAUGGCUAUGGUAAACUUCAUACAAGUACCACAAAGAGCAGGAUGUGACCCAGCCACAGUGAGAAUUGGGAAGAGCAAUGUGACCAUUCCUGCUGGAAAAGCAGUCCAAGUGUGGUGCAGAGUACCCCAAAGUUUUGACAUUUGUGACCCCCUGGUGCUGUACGAACCCGAUGAGAACACUGCCUUGAGACACCUGAGUGUUGGGGAAGGGCUCCUUGAGAUCAACAACCAUCAAAGGCCAUUUGUUAAGGUCCCCAUCUCUAACCACUCCAAACACGAAAUAAUUCUACCGAAGAGAACAGCCCUGGGUACUAUUCAACAUGUCGCUAAAGUUAUUGAGACAGACCGACCCACAAACACAUCAGAGGUGACUCAACCCACACAGAGCCCCAUCACCACAGCUGAGGAACAGCCUCUCGUAGAGUGGAGGAGUAUAAGAGUCGGGGUGGAGUUUCCACUCAAAAGUCCAAUUGUUAUGAAAGCUUUCAGGAAACCUGGACCAAGCCAAGCACCAUAAAAGCAGGCACUUCAGCGCAAAACCCUCAGAAUCACAUCGAUCUGCACUGAAGUCAAAGGCUAAAGAAUCACUUAAAAUGGAAUUGUGCUAUGGAUUAUUUCAGGCACGUGCAUCAUGGAUCCAGUUCACUUUUAUCUGCUCAAUGCUGUGCAUGUGGACUAGUGUUGAGUCCUGGUCUUACGUCUAUUCAAACAAAUCAAUGAAAUGGGAUGAUGCACGUAAUUGGUGCAAGGAGAGCUACACAGACAUGGUGGCCAUCCAGAACCGGGAGGAGAUCGAGCAUCUUAACAACUGGCUGCCCAAAAAAAAGGGCUACUACUGGAUAGGGAUCCGUAAGAUCAAUGAUGUCUGGACCUGGGUAGGAACCAACAAAACUCUGACAGAAGAAGCGACAAACUGGGCAGAAGGAGAACCGAACAAUGGCAAAACUGGACAAAGUGUAGGAGUCAGUGAGGACUGUGUGGAGAUGUACAUUAAACGAGACCAAAAUCCAGGCACGUGGAAUGACGAGAGGUGUAUGAAAAAAAAGACUGCUCUGUGCUACACAGCGGCUUGUAAGAUUGACUCCUGUUUGCAUGGAGAGUGUGUUGAAACCAUCAACAGCCACAAAUGUGAUUGCUUUGAAGGGUUUUUUGGAGACAAGUGUGACCAAGUUGUGCAGUGUAACAAAGGUGAAGUGGUUGUUCCAGAUAAAGGACAUGUAAAUUGCUCUCACAACUAUGGCAGUUUCUCCUAUGACUCCUUGUGUCAGUAUUCCUGUGAGGAAGGAUACAAGCUGAGUGUGCCAGGACCUUUGAGGUGUACUUCCUUAGGAAAAUGGUCAGAAAAACCCCCUACAUGUGAAAUGAUUCAGUGCGAGAAGAUGUCAGAGCCGACACAUGGAUCCAUGAAAUGCUCCGAUCCUCUGGGCUCAUUCAGCUAUCAGUCCACCUGUACUUUUACCUGUGAUGAAGGUUAUGUACUGUCUGGAUCUCCAUCUCUGCAAUGUGAAGCAUCAGCAAAUUGGAAUGGAUCCCAGCCAUACUGUGUUGCUGUUCAGUGCCCUGCGCUGCAAAACUUGACAAAUGGCUUUGUCAGCUGUGGAGAAGAUGCUGAUACGAGGUUCAGCUACAAAAACACCUGCAGCUUCAGUUGUGACCAAGGUUACCAUUUAGUGGGAGCCAGUAGAGUGACCUGCACAUCAGGAGGUACAUGGAAUCAGCAGAUUCCUCACUGUGAAGCAAAAGGAUGUCCUGCUCCAGAGGUCCCAACAAAUGGUCAGAUAAGCUGCAGCCCUUCUCUGUCUUCAUUUCUUAGUCAUGACACACCCCAUCCACUUGGCAUGGUUUGUCAUUUUACAUGUGAUGAAGGACAUGAGCUGCAAAGUGCACACAGCAUGGAGUGUACACAUCCAGGCCAAUGGACCUCCAGAUCACCAACCUGCACAGUUGUUCGAUGCCCGCUGCUUGAGGCUCCUAAAAACGGUCACAUCAAUUGUUCCAGCACUGAGUCAGUUUACAACUGUCAGUGCUCCUUCACCUGUGACCAAGGCUACUCAUUAGAAGGACCUGAGCUGCUGACAUGUGGUCAUCAUGGUAACUGGACUGCAGAGAAACCCACCUGUCAAGCUCCUGCUCCAAUUACUGCAGUUACUGCUGGUGUGGCAACAGGGGGCACUGCCUUGUUAUCUGGUGUGUCUAUGGCUAUGUGGGUCUUGAAAAAAAUGAAGAAGAAUGUAACCAAAUUCGACCUGAGCAGCAGCACUGAGUCUCCCUCACAGAGCUACAAAAACAGCAUUGACAAUAAUUCUUUGGAUGAGACUACUGUCUGCGGGAUGCAUCACGACUCCAGCAAGACAAUGACCUGGACCCAGGCCAGACAGUGGAGGAUGGAGUCAUAUAUAAGAGGAGGCAAUCCAGUGGAUCACACUCAGAAUCAUUUUAUCCUUAAAUAUACUGAGGCGGAAGGAUCAACAAUCUUCUGUAGGCUAUCAGGCAUAUUAGUUAACAUGGAUUCCUGCUUUGGACUACUUAAGACCUGGGGAUAUAAGAGCUCUGCUUCAUGGAUGAAUUUCACCUUCAUUUGCUUAGUGCUGUGCAUGUGGACUAGUGUAGAGUCCUGGUCUUAUUUCUAUUCAAACAACACAAUGACAUGGGAAAAUGCACGAAGCUGGUGCCAGGAGCACUACACAGACAUGGUGGCCAUCCAGAACCGGGAAGAGAUUGAGCAUCUUAACAACUGGCUGCCCAAGAAAAAUGGCUACUACUGGAUUGGAAUCCGUAAGAUCAAUAAUGUCUGGACCUGGGUAGGAACCAACAAGCCUCUGACAGAGGAAGCAACCAACUGGGCAAAAGGAGAACCGAACAAUGGCGAGAGAGAAAUAAAUUCAAAGAUCAGUGAGGAUUGUGUGGAGAUGUACAUUAAAAGAGAUAAAGAACCAGGCAAGUGGAAUGACGAGAGAUGUACAAAAUCAAAGACUGCUCUGUGCUACACAGCGGCUUGUAAGAUUGACUCCUGUUUGCAUGGAGAGUGUGUUGAAACCAUCAACAGCCACAAAUGUGAUUGCUUUGAAGGGUUUUUUGGAGACAAGUGUGACCAAGUUGUGCAGUGUAACAAAGGUGAAGUGGUUGUUCCAGAUAAAGGACAUGUAAAUUGCUCUCACAACUAUGGCAGUUUCUCCUAUGACUCCUUGUGUCAGUAUUCCUGUGAGGAAGGAUACAAGCUGAGUGUGCAGACUCCUCUGAGGUGCACGGGGUCAGGAAAAUGGUCAGAAAAAACCCCUACAUGUGAAAUGAUUCAGUGCGAGAAGAUGUCAGAGCCGACACAUGGAUCCAUGAAAUGCUCUGAUCCUCUGGGCUCAUUCAGCUAUCAGUCCACCUGUACUUUUACCUGUGAUGAAGGUUAUGUACUGUCUGGAUCUCCAUCUCUGCAAUGUGAAGCAUCAGCAAAUUGGAAUGGAUCCCAGCCAUACUGUGUUGCUGUUCAGUGCCCUGCGCUGCAAAACUUGACAAAUGGCUUUGUCAGCUGUGGAGAAGAUGCUGAUAUGAGGUUCAGCUACAAAAACACCUGCAGCUUCAGUUGUGACCAAGGUUACCAUUUAGUGGGAGCCAGUAGAGUGACCUGCACAUCAGGAGGUACAUGGAAUCAGCAGAUUCCUCACUGUGAAGCCAUCCUUUGCCAGAAUCCAGAGAGAGAAGCUCCCCUCAUCAUGCAGUGCAGUGAAUCUGAGACUGAACUGCGACCAAACUCCACCUGCAGCUUCAGCUGUGAAGAAGGUUUUGAACUGCAGGGAGCAAACACCAUCAAGUGUUCUGAGGACGGACAGUGGAAUGAAAACAUACCUACAUGCAAAGCAAAAGGAUGUCCUGCUCCAGAGGUCCCAACAAAUGGUCAGAUAAGCUGCAGCCCUUCUCUGUCUUCAUUUCUUAGUCAUGACACACCCCAUCCACUUGGCAUGGUUUGUCAUUUUACAUGUGAUGAAGGACAUGAGCUGCAAGGUGCACACAGCAUGGAGUGUACACAUCCAGGCCAAUGGACCUCCAGAUCACCAACCUGCACAGCUGUUACAUGUUUGUUGCUUGAGGCUCCUGAAAACGGUCACAUCAGUUGCUCCAGUACUGAGUCAGUUUACAGCUCUCAGUGCUCCUUCACCUGUGACCAAGGCUACUCAUUAGAAGGACCUGAGCUGCUGACAUGUGGUCAUCAUGGCAACUGGACUGCAGAGAAACCCACCUGUCAAGCUCCUGCUCCAGUAGCUGCAGUUACCGUUGGUGUGGCAACAGGGGGCACUGCCUUGUUAUCUGGUGUGUUUAUGGCUUUGUGGCUCUUGAAAAAAAUGAAGAAGAAAGCUGACGCAUAUGAACUGAGCAGCAACUCUGACAUAGAGUCUUCCCCACAGAGCUACAAAAACAGCACCGACAGCCUAAUAUAGAAGACACUUCUCUUCCUCUAAGGCAGCUACAGACAGCUGUAUAUUUCUCCACAGAAAUGCAAAAAGUACAUAUCAUAUACACUAGCAUAACAGAUGGGAAAAAAACAGCCAUACUAAAUGUGACAAGGAGUGACAUAAUGUGACAUUUGAAUUUUCCUGAAACUUUUAAAAGAUCUGCAAUUGCUCUGAAAUGUUGUUACAACAUGUAUAUCCUCCAGAAUGGAAUUUCAUAUUGAACAUAUUGUUCUACAACUUCAUGAAAAUGCUGGAAAGGUGGCACGAUUCAUGUCACCAUAAAUGUUACAUAACGUUAUGUGUGAAUUGUCAUUUAGCUGCACAAAUGUGAAUAAUUUGAUAUGUAUUUAUUUACUAUUUAUUUUAGAAUAGGAUAGUUCGAAUUGAAUUUUUAUUUUAUUGUUUUUAUGUGUAAAGUUGUGUUUUCUUUUACCUUCACUGUUUUUUUAUACUAUGAAAUUUUACAGUUGAUGUUUUAUGAAAUUCUGGAAUAUAU